ACAUAGUGUUGCGUGUUGCAUUUUUUACAGUACCGCUUGUGUUUAUCGAACUCAUCGGAGCCGUAGGAGCCCCGGCUCGAAUUGUCUAUCCUAUGUUUUUAGAACCCGUGUAUUUACACUAAAACUGUGGCUGGCUUAAUUGUGUCAGUGUGACACAGGCUAAGUGUACAACAGGAGGUGGAAACCCCCAGGAAGUGAAGAAGAAGAAGAUUUAUUGAACUUAAGUGAUGUGAAACUGUGUUUGUAGGAUUUUAAACGUUUCUAUGGGAUUUUCAAUUAAAGUGCACAUAACCUAAAAUGUUCUCAAUUUGUAAACAAACACAUCCAGCAACUGGUGUUGAACACGCCAUAAGUUGUUAUUUCUUCAAUAAAUUAGAAAAAUGCCUGAUCACUGCAGGGGCGAAUAUCUUGAAGGUAUUCAGGUUAAUACCUGAUAAUGAAACAAAGCCUAAACUGGAACGACAACCUGCAACUGCAUGUCCUCCAAAAUGCAAAUUAGAAUGUGUGGCACAGUAUUCACUUUUUGGAAAUGUCAUGUCUAUGCAAACUGUAAAUUUAGCAAAUUCGCCACGAGAUGCAUUGCUCUUGGCUUUUCAAGAUGCUAAAUUAUCCAUUGUAGAAUAUGAUUCAGAGACACAUGACUUAAAAACUUUAAGUUUACAUUAUUUUGAAGAGGAAGAUAUGAAGGAUGGUUGGACACACCAUCACCAUGUCCCAAUGGUCCGAUCUGAUCCUGAAAAUCGGUGCGCCGUGAUGACCGUUUUUGGUAAAAAAUUAGUUGUGUUGCCUUUUCGACGAGAUAAUUCGUUGGAUGAUGGAGAUGGUUCCGAUAUAAAACCUAUGAGUUCAGGAUCAUCAAACUCAAAGACCUUGAUUUUGGCUUCUUAUAUGAUUUUGCUGAAAGAUUUCAUUGAUAAAAUUGAUAACGUAAUUGACAUUCAAUUUCUGCAUGGAUAUUAUGAGCCAACACUGUUGAUCCUAUAUGAACCAUUGAAAACAUUUUCUGGUCGUGUAGCGGUGCGGACGGAUACGUGUGCUAUGGCUGCUAUCUCUUUAAACCUGCAGGAGAAAGUGCAUCCAAUUAUUUGGAGCGUUGCGAAUUUACCUUUUGAUUGUACAAGAGCUGUACCGAUUAAGAAACCACUUGGCGGGACACUUGUGUUUUCAGUAAAUGCACUAAUUUAUCUGAAUCAGAGUAUUCCACCAUAUGGUGUUUCAUUGAACAGUAUUGCAGAGACGAGUACCAGCUUUCCAUUAAAGCCUCAAGAAGACCUUAAAGUAAGCUUAGAUUGUGCGCAAGUGGGAUUUUUAGAUGAUGAUACUCUAGUAUUGUCUUUAAAAGGGGGAGAGUUGUACGUUCUUACUUUAUUAGCCGACAGUAUGAGAUAUGUGAGAAGCUUUCAUUUUGAAAAAUCCGCGUCGAGUGUUUUAACAACUUGUCUUUGCGUUUGCGAGAAUAAUUUCUUGUUUCUUGGAUCUCGAUUAGGUAAUUCACUGUUGCUUCGAUUUACUGAAAAAGACGAUUGUCAAGUUAUUACGUUGGAUGAUGAGAACGAGCCGACGUCAUCUAAACGUUCAAAACUGGCAGAGGAACCGGAAAAGAUGCUGGACAGUUUAAAUGAUUGCAUGGCCAGUGACGUUUUAGACAUCAGAGACCCGGAGGAGUUGGAAGUGUGCGACAGUCUUCUGAAUAUAGGCCCUUGCGGUAAUAUAUCAAUUGGAGAACCAGCGUUUCUAAGCGAAGAUUUCGGUCAGAAUGUUGAUUUGGAUUUAGAGCUGGUUACCACUGCGGGCUACGGUAAAAACGGGGCCUUAUGUGUUCUUCAGCGAUCUAUAAGACCGCAAAUUGUAACUACCUUCUCGCUACCUGGCUGUUCAAAUAUGUGGACAGUUCUUGGCCAUGACGAUAAUCAUGCGUUUCUGAUAUUAAGUCAAGAAGAAGGAACUAUGAUUCUACAAACUGGACAAGAAAUUAACGAGGUCGAUAAUACUGGAUUUGCAACUGAUGGACCUACCGUAUUUGCAGGCAAUCUGGGGAAUAAUAAGUACAUAGUGCAAGUAACAAUGAAUGCUAUCAGGCUGAUGCUCGGUACUGGUCGACUACAAUUUAUUCCCCUAGAUUUAAACUCUCCAAUCAUACACGCAUCUACGGCAGAUCCUUUUAUUUCUAUUUUAACUGCCGAUGGGCAAGUCAUCACACUCAUGUUGAGGGAAACCAAAAUGUCUGCUAAAUUGGUAGUCAGCAAGUCAACUCUGGCUAACACACCAGCUGUGACAACAAUCUGCAUGUAUCGUGACGUGUCAGGUUUAUUUAUCAACAAGAUCCCAGAGGAUUUCACGCAUAUUCCUCAACAUUUUAUAAAUGAUGUCGAACCUAAAGCAGAAUUCGAAAACGAGGACGAUUUGCUAUACGGAGAAGACGGUGAUUUCAAAAUGCCAUCAUUGAAUCCUACGCCCAAGCCAAGACUCUACUACAACUGGUGGAAAAAAUAUACCGUAGAACAUAAGCCUACUUACUGGCUGUUCGUGGUACGCGAAAAUUCGAAUUUAGAGAUUUAUUCUGUGCCAGAAUUUAAAUUGUGCUUUAUUGUGAGGAAUCUGUGCUUCGGGUAUAAGGUGCUCGUAGAUAGUUUGGAAUCGGUAAACAUGUCUACCUUGGAAAAUAUUACUAAGGCUGAGAUCAGGCGCGAUUUUGACGUAAAGGAAAUCGCAAUGGUUGCUUUAGGUAACAAAGCUAGCCGACCAUUGCUUUUCGUUCGUUUGGAGAACGACCUAUAUAUCUACGAGGUAUUCAGAUUCUCAAGAGGAAAUUUGAAGUUGAGGUUCAGGAAGAUGCGCCACAAUAUUAUGUACAUGCCUAACGUCGAGGGGAAAAUUGACACUGAACAACCGGAUUUCUUUAGUGUUCAAGAGAAAAUUUCAAAAAUAAGAUAUUUCCAAAGCAUUGCUGGAAAUAAUGGUGUAUUUAUUUGUGGCGCUAAUCCCCAUUGGAUAUUCAUGACAGCACGUGGAGAACUCCGAACACACCCGAUGACGGUCGAUGGAGAAAUUCUCUCGUUUGCCGCAUUCAAUAACAUUAAUUGUCAACAGGGUUUCUUAUACUUUAACAAAAAAGCGGAGCUCAGGAUUGGUGUUUUGCCGACGCAUUUAAGUUACGAUGCGCCUUGGCCUGUGAGGAAAGUCCCUCUUCGAUGCACUCCACAUUUUGUUACCUACCACUUGGAAUCUAAAACAUAUUGUUUGAUAACAAGUACAUCCGAGUCAUCUACAUCUUAUUAUAAAUUCAAUGGGGAGGAUAAGGAAUUAUCAGUCGAGGAUAAAGGAAAGCGAUAUCCGUACCCACAACAAGAGAAAUUCAGUAUAAUGUUGUUUUCGCCUGUAUCUUGGGAAGUUAUCCCUAAUACUAAAAUCGAUUUGGAGGAGUGGGAACAUGUUAAUUGUUUAAAAAAUGUCUCAUUGGCUUAUGAGGGCACCAGAUCUGGUCUUAAAGGCUAUAUUGCAAUGGGUACUAACUAUAAUUACGGAGAAGAUAUAACAUCGAGAGGACGAAUUCUUAUUUAUGAUAUUAUUGAAGUUGUACCAGAACCUGGACAACCUCUCACCAAAAACAGAUUCAAAGAAAUCUACGCUAAGGAACAAAAAGGUCCUGUCACUGCAAUAUCCCAGGUCAAGGGAUUCUUGGUUUCGGCCGUAGGCCAAAAGAUUUAUAUUUGGCAAUUAAAAGACAAUGACUUGGUGGGGGUUGCAUUUAUCGAUACGCAAAUUUACACUCACCAAAUAUUAGCAAUCAAAAGUUUAAUUCUCGUUGCCGACGUCUACAAGUCGGUGGCCCUUCUUCGAUUCCAGGAAGAAUACAGGACACUGUCACUAGUUUCUAGGGAUUUCAGACCUAGUGAAGUCUAUACUAUUGAAUAUUUGAUCGAUAACAGUACUUUGGGUUUCUUGGUAUCUGACAGUGAAAAGAAUUUGAUUUUAUACAUGUAUCAACCAGAAGCAAGGGAAUCAUUUGGCGGUCAACGAUUAUUAAGGAAAGCUGACUUUCAUAUUGGCCAGUCGAUCAACACGUUCUUCAGGAUCCGCUGUAAAUUAAAUGAUUUGGGUGAAGAGAAGAAAUACCAAUUUGGUGCUGACAGGAAGCAUAUAACUAUGUUUGCUACGCUUGAUGGAGGUUUAGGAUACAUUAUGGCAGUUCCCGAGAAAACUUAUCGUAGGUUACUAAUGUUGCAAAACGUAUUGGUUACGCAGGGAUCGCACACAGCUGGUUUAAAUCCCAAAUCCUACAGAACAUACAAGAGUUGGAGAAAACUGCAAUCGAACCCAGCCAGAAGUGUGAUUGAUGGUGAACUGGUUUGGAAUUUUUUGCAUUUACCGCUGAACGAGAAGAUGGAAGUGUCCAAGAAGAUCGGGUCGAAGAUCGAGGAGCUGGUGGAUGAUCUGAAGGACAUCCACAAGUUGACAUCGCAUUUUUAAUAAGAUAAAUUUACUUUUUACAUUCUUUUUAAUUUCUUUUCCUCAGUUAAAAAAAAUCUCCUUUUCCAUUUUGCAGUUAGCAUUUCUAUUUAUUUAAUACACAACACAUUUUGUUUAAAUCACAG